AUGGCGAUUCACAUAAUUACAAAGCAUGAGGACGAUCCCAACUUGGAGAAAAAGUGGAAAUGCGACCUUUGCGAGGAUAAAAAAUUUGCGUCCAAAGUCGUGUUCGAGCGGCAUAAAGAAUUACACAAGAAAUUCGAUAAGAGUGGGAGGACGUUGAAAUGUGAAGUUUGCGAGUAUCCAUUCCUUCCGGGAGAUCAAGAUAAGUUGAAGAAGCACAUGGAAAACUUUCACGAUAAGACGAAGAAAUCGGUCAAUCAAUGCACCGUGGAAGGAUGUGAGUUUACAUCGCGGCAGAAAUUCCAAAUGCGACGCCAUGAAGGGGACGAGCACCCAGAGUUGCUAAUUUAUUCGUGUGGCCCCUGUGGAAAAUCGUAUUCGAGUCCAGUUUUGCUAGAAAUUCAUACAAGAACGCAUGGAACGGGACCGUUUGGUUGUUCCGUUUGCAAGACAGUUUGCCCCACGGGAAAUGAGCUCGCCCAACAUCUCGCCCGCCACAACGGCGAAUCCAUCCAUCCCUGCGACCAGUGCGACCUCCUCUUUCGGAAUAUUAGUCUGCUAAUCAAGCACAAAAUGGUGAAACACAACGCGCCACCCGGCCCCACCCUUGUUCCCUCUGUGCAAAAAAGUUUAUAA